ACCACGUGGGCUCCGAGGCGACCCCGGGCGUCCUUGGAGGGCCGUGGCGGUGCGGGUCAUGGCCGGUCCCCUGCGGGGCGGCGGGGCGGGGGCUCUGGAGCUGCUCCGGGCCCUUCCCCGAGUGAGCUUGGCGAACCUGAAGCCGAACCCAGGUUCUCGAAAACCGGAAAGAAGGCGAAGGGGUCGGAGAAGAGGUAGAAAAUGUGGCAGAGGCCAUAAAGGAGAGCGGCAGAGAGGAACCCGGCCCAGACUGGGUUUUGAGGGAGGCCAGACUCCAUUUUAUAUUCGAAUCCCAAAAUACGGGUUUAAUGAAGGUCAUAGCUUCAGACGGCAGUAUCAGCCUUUGAGUCUCAAUAGAUUGCAGUAUCUUAUUGAUUUGGGUCGAGUGGAUCCUACUCAACCUAUUGACUUAACUCAGCUUGUCAAUGGGAGAGGUGUGACCAUCCAGCCACUUAAGAGGGAUUAUGGUGUCCAGCUGGUAGAGGAGGGCGCCGACACCUUUCAGGCGAAGGUCAACAUUGAAGUGCAGUUGGCUUCGGAACUAGCCAUUGCCGCAGUCGAGAGAAAUGGGGGUGUCGUAACUACAGCCUUCUACGACCCAAGAAGCCUGGAAAUUCUGUGCAAACCUGUUCCUUUCUUCCUGCGUGGCCAGCCCAUUCCCAAACGCAUGCUUCCGCCGGAGGCGCUGGUGCCCUAUUACACUGACGCCAAGAAUCGUGGUUACCUGGCGGACCCUGCCGCGUUUCCUGAAGCGAGACUCGCACUUGCCAGGAAGUAUGGCUAUAUUUUACCUGACAUCACCAAAGAUGAACUCUUCAAAAUGCUUAGUACUCGAAAGGACCCAAGGCAGAUCUUCUUUGGUCUGGCUCCUGGGUGGGUGGUCAACAUGGCCGACAAGAAGAUCCUGAAACCGACAGAGGAGGGUCUCCUCAAGUAUUACAGCUCGUGAGGUCCCUUCCCAGAAGGCAGAGCCGUUGACAUGCCCUGAAGAGACGAGACUGAAACGUCUAUACUUCCCGUCAUCUUUUCUCUGGUUGUUGUUAAUUUUCCAUGUAGCCCUAUUUCCAUUUUUAUCUAAAAAUAAAAACACAGGAAACAAGGCAGUAAAGAGGCACUGAA